AUGUCGGACGGCGAAGCGUCGAAUCCGCCGUCAAAAAAGAGGCGUCGCUCUGCUCGCGCAGAGUCUGAACCAGACAGCGUCUCCUGUCGUGCGCCUGAGUCGACAGAAUGUCCGAAAGGCGAUGCCACGGCUUUCGCCUCUGCCCCGUCGGGGUCCCAUGCCCCCCGAGUCCAGAUCGUCGAGCAUGCAGUCAAGGCUCUUUUUCAGCGUUAUAGGGCGUCAUCGCCUCCGUCAACAGAGUCAACCUCGUCUUCAGACGGCGUAAAGCCUCCGAAUGCCUCUACGGAUGAGCAACUUGACGCGUCCGCGGACUCGAAGCGCUCCCGCGAAUCGGGUGACUCGUCACGACUUGAGUCCGAUGCCUCUGCGUCCCUCUCUCAGGAUCUGCCUCAGUCGACACCCUCCUCGGCCUUCUCGACGCUUCUCUGGGUUCGAAGCCUUUUUGGAGACCAAGAAGAGGACAGCGGAUUGCAAACGCGGGUCUCGAAGAGCCCUCGCGCCCUUGACGGAUCUGCCCAAGCGGACUCCGCUGCCGCGUCUUCGGGCAAACUUGGCGCGCGGAUCGACGGAGAGCGCGACCUUGAGAAGCGAAUCAAACACAUGAACUUCAGGUCUCUGAAAGCAGGGCCAGCAGCUGUAGGCGGUCUGUGCAUCCCUGUCAUUGCCACGUCUUUGGAUCUCCGCAUUGCGCCUUUCUGGCGCACUGGCACUGAGCAGGAGGCUCGAGCAGAGUGGCAGAAGACCCGCUCGAUCUUGCGAAGCGACUUCAAGAAAAAACACAAAACCGCAGUCCGCAUGCUCAAGGGAAGCAACCCGCGGCGAGCACAAAACAGAGGAAUGUCGUCGGCCGCCUCUAACGGCUCCGGGGGGGUUCGAUAG